AUGCAAAAUACUGCUCCUUCCGAACCCCAUCACCACAACCCUCAAAGACUCUGGCAAUCGCUUCUCAGAAAAGUAUCGACUUUCUUUGGAGGCAAAAAUUUAGCUCCUGGACUAUAUUUAUAUUUCCUGUCUUUAUUUGGCGCGAACACUGAAUCCCCGAUGAAUAGCUCUAUCCCACAAGGUGAAAACUCGGAUGUCGACUCACUCGCAGAGACUGCCGACCUUGUCUGCAGAGUUUCAGAAACGGUUAGCUCGGAAUUUUAUGCUUGGGAUAUAAAUUAUUGUCAAAAAACUCUCCACUCGCUUCUGGUAAAGGCCCCAGCAUCCCCCCGUUGUCUAACGAAAGAAACCGGAGGCACACAUGCUCAAACGGCUCGCAAAGGGAAAGGCAGAAGUCGCCCCAAGCGCGCUGAUGAAGAAGUCGAAAAUUUUGACAUCACCGAUGGUCCGGAAGGUUGUACCUCCACGAUCGUUCCAGUUGAAGUGGUGAAACUCGAUGAAGCGCUCAGACCUUACCCAAGCUACGAAACAUGCACGCCCCUCACGCGCAGCAUUUGCGUUGGCGAUGAUCCCCACCUCAUGCCGUUCAUGCCGUUUUCUGACGACCCAGAGUUCGACUAUAUGUCGUACAAUGAACAAUAUAAGUUUUUCUUGUGGCAAAUACCCAAUCGCGACCCAGACUGUGCGUAUCUCCUUCACUUACAUCGACAUUUAGCGCGCAUUAAUUUUUUCACUACCGAAGUGGAAGUUAUUGUAGUUGAAAUUGCACGCAGGUUACAUUCAGAACAUCAACUGUCCUUGGAGGCAAUUGAUCAAGUUGCUGUCCUUCCACUUCAGUUAGAUCGACUUGUUGGUGUAAGUCGUCGGCGUGAUUAUCCAAAAUGGCUCGAUUUCGAGCAAGCGACUUCUCUUCCAUAUCAUUCCCCUUUCUCCACGGCUUCAGAGCACCCUCACGGACAGCUUCCCAAUCUUUUACAAUACUUCUGCAACAAUAGCAGUUGCCUAGUUGGUUACUGUACUAUCCAUAACGAAGAAAUACCCAUGCCUAAUUUGAUACCCCCUUCGGUUAGAAAUAAUGCGCUUAUAGCUUCUGUGGAAAAACCAUGCGGAUCCCUGUGCUUCGUGCUUGGCGGCGUUUCCUCCUCGAUUCCCUCCGUGUGGACGGAAAGCGAGAUGCAGACGCUGAGAAUUCUCAUGGACUACUCUCCCGACAUAUUACCAUGCGAUGCUGCUAUUAUUUGUCGUAAGCCUUGUCGAGAGGUAUUCAAACACCGUCAAGACCCGCCAAAGACUAAAAAGAGCAUCGGAAAGGCUAAACCGAUCACAGGAACAAUAGAUCAUGACGCAAAAACCUUUGUUCCCGAUUAUCCAUGCAGUCACCCAGGUCCAUGCGAUGGACGAGCAGAUUGCGCUUGUUUCCAUAACAAGGCGCACUGCGAAGUUGCUUGUCGCUGUGAUCUUUCUUGUCCGCGCAGACGGCGGGGAUGCCAUUGCAAGAAAGAUGUGACGGGAAAGUUGUGUUACAGCGCAAGAUGCCCCUGCUACAGGGCGCACAGAGAGUGUGAUCCAGUCCUUUGCGUGGAUUGCGAUGCCAGAUGUGGAGAUACUGCAUCGGCCGCCUGCCAGAACGUCUCCCUUCAGCAAGGACGAUUCAAGCGCACCGAAGUCCGUCAAAGCCGGUGGGGCUUGGGUCUUUUCCUCGUAGAACCCGCCGAGAAAAACGACCUAAUUUCAGAGUAUACUGGGGAACUGAUAUUAGAUCCCACCCGAGAGUCACGAGAAAUCGUCGCAACGCAUAGAAACCGCAACUACGUCUUCGAGCUAAAUUCCGCUUUCUCACUCGAUAGCGGCGGUGCUGGGAACGAAACAAGAUAUAUAAAUCACCAAACUGGAGAACUGGCAAACUGUACUGCGAAAAUUCGACUUGUAAACGGGGAACACCGAAUUGGGAUCUAUGCUUGUGAGUUACAGUGA